UUGACGUGUCUCUAAAGCGCUUCUCCUCCCUCUCUCUCUCUUUCUCUCUCACGGGCGGUGGAGCUGGACUACCCGUUUACAGCUCACUGGGACAUCAGAUAGUGACCGUGAUUUUGGGGGACUGUCACCAUGGCUAUUAAGUUUUUGGAGGUUAUAAAACCGUUUUGUGCGGUUUUGCCGGAAAUUCAAAAACCUGAAAGAAAGAUCCAGUUUAGGGAAAAGGUACUAUGGACGGCAAUCACGUUGUUCAUCUUUCUUGUUUGCUGUCAGAUCCCUCUUUUCGGAAUCAUGUCAUCAGACUCGGCAGAUCCAUUUUAUUGGAUGAGAGUCAUCCUGGCUUCCAACAGAGGUACUCUGAUGGAGUUGGGUAUCUCUCCCAUUGUGACCUCUGGUCUCAUCAUGCAGCUGCUGGCUGGAGCUAAAAUCAUCGAGGUUGGCGACACACCUAAAGACAGAGCACUCUUUAAUGGAGCUCAAAAGUUGUUUGGAAUGAUCAUCACCAUUGGUCAGGCUAUUGUGUAUGUCAUGACUGGAAUGUAUGGAGACCCUUCAGAGAUGGGUGCUGGCAUCUGUCUGCUUAUCAUCAUUCAGUUGUUUGUGGCUGGUCUGAUUGUGUUGCUGCUGGAUGAGUUGCUUCAGAAGGGUUAUGGGUUGGGCUCUGGUAUAUCUCUCUUCAUUGCCACCAACAUUUGUGAGACCAUCGUAUGGAAGGCGUUCAGCCCAACAACAGUCAACACAGGAAGAGGUACUGAGUUUGAGGGAGCCAUUAUUGCUCUCUUCCACCUGCUGGCCACUCGUACAGAUAAAGUGCGAGCCCUGAGAGAGGCCUUCUACAGACAGAACCUGCCCAACCUCAUGAACCUCAUUUCUACUGUCUUCGUCUUUGCUGUCGUCAUAUAUUUCCAGGGCUUCAGGGUUGACCUGCCCAUCAAGUCUGCACGCUACCGUGGACAGUAUAACACAUACCCCAUUAAGCUGUUCUACACCUCCAAUAUUCCCAUCAUCCUGCAGUCCGCAUUGGUUUCCAACCUUUAUGUCAUCUCCCAAAUGCUCUCCACCCGCUUCAGUGGGAACUUUCUGGUCAACCUGCUGGGGACUUGGUCUGACACCUCAUCUGGUGGCCCGGCACGUGCCUACCCUGUAGGUGGUCUGUGUUACUUUCUUUCUCCUCCAGAGUCUUUUGGUUCUGUGCUUGACGACCCAGUCCAUGCAGUUAUCUACAUUGGCUUCAUGCUGGGAUCCUGUGCCUUUUUUUCCAAGACCUGGAUUGAAGUUUCUGGAUCAUCUGCCAAAGAUGUGGCAAAGCAGCUGAAAGAACAACAGAUGGUGAUGAGGGGUCACAGAGAGACCUCGAUGGUUCAUGAACUCAACAGGUAUAUCCCCACAGCGGCUGCAUUCGGUGGCCUGUGUAUUGGAGGCCUUUCAGUCAUGGCUGAUUUCCUGGGUGCCAUCGGCUCUGGAACAGGAAUCCUAUUGGCUGUUACCAUCAUCUACCAGUACUUUGAGAUAUUUGUAAAGGAACAGAGUGAAGUUGGCAGCAUGGGAGCGCUACUCUUCUAAUCAUGGACAUUCACAAAUCACACACGUACUUGCUGACACACCUUAAAAAACACUUUUAUUAUUUUUAUGAUUGUCGUUGACUUAUUUUUAUUUAGGUGCAAUUUAGGCAUUCAGAAUGGUCUGUCACCAGUCUUGGGAGAACAGGGUUCUUUGUAGCUGGUUUCAGUUGGGUAUGUUCUCCCAAUUGUCAGAAGUGGCAAACGUUUCUAAAAGUCAGUGACAAAGCUGAACUUCAGUAAUGGGACAGUAAAGAUAGACUCUGUGAGCUCUGACUAGGAAUUUUCUGGAACUCUGUUCAGCUUGGUCUGUCCUUUUUCUGUCUCUUUGUCACUGAAGCGCCUCUUUUAUUACUUUUUCCUGUCUCUUUCUAGUUGAGCCUGGUUAGAGGAUUUUUCGGAAAGUAUUGCUAAUGUUGGGUAAUUGAGUACUCAACACUGUCAAUUAAAUCUCGACACACUCAAAACUGUCUCUACUGUAAAGUCUCAGUUUGUCAGUCAUGUCAGACAGUAUGUAAAUCUGACAUUUUUCAUCCAUGAUGUCUGAUGGUAGUGUAAGGCUUUUUUAAACUCCUUAUACUGUAUUUAAUCAUAAAAGUUGUUGUGUUUUAGUUAUCUCUGAAGAUCUGAGAACCAAAGGAGUUUGGUUUACGUCAACAGAAUAGCCUCUAAACAAGGUGAAUUACAACAGAUGAAAUGCAAUGCUCAGUGUGGCGUCAGUCUUUUGGUGUGUUUAAUUUUGAUGUGUAUGCAUUUAAACACGGAAUCCUUUUGUACAAAACACAUCUUACAGCAUAGGCAGCAAGACAUUUCUGUAUGUGAAACUGCUUGCUCUUUAGUGAAAGACAGUAAUAUAUGAAUUGGUUACACCAACAGCCCACUUGGUUUACUCAAAUUUCAGCUCUUUACUAUGUCAAUGGGUAUCUGUAUAUAUGACAUUAAAUGCAGUGCGCAACCAUGUAAAAUAUUUUUUUUUUUGAUUAUGUAAAAAGAAAUGUUCCGAACAAAUAUAUUCAGCUGAGACCGAUCAUUCUCAAUAAAAGCUCAUUUUUGGGAGAAGA